CAUCUAGACGUAGAAUUUUAUAAAUUUUUUAUUAAAUAAUGUCCAUAUCUUCUUGCAAUGAUUUCAUGGGUUUCCAAGAGGCUUUAAAGAAGAUGCGAGAUAUCGAUGAUAAAAUAAUAUAUGCGUUAAAUACUUCCUUGCCUACCGAGUCAUUUAAGGGACAAAUAGAUCGUGAAAAGACUUGUCGCGAUUUGUAUGGUCAUUUAAGAACUGGACAUGAAAAACGUGAAGAAGCCAUACGCAAUUGUAUUUUGGUAUCAGCUGAAACAUUAAAAAGUCUUCGGGAGAAACGUGAUACUAACCCCAAUGACAUUGAAAUAGAUAAAAAGUUUAAAUCCGAACAGAGGAAGCUGCGCGUACUACAGUCUGAAUUAAAUGUUGAAGAUAUUGUUAAAGAACGCUCCUACAAAGCAUUUAAUGAACGCUGUAGAAUCUUUUUCCAAGCCGGUCCCUCAGUCUUAUGAUGCCAAUUUACUCGGAUAUCCUUUUGCAGUUGCGAAGACUUAAUUAUCGCUUUUCGCAAUAGAAAUUUAGUUUUCUUAACAAAUUAGAAAAAGUAAAAAACCAUUAUUUUAUUCAUUCUUAUGUAAUGUGCAAGAAGUUUUCUCAAGUUUUUUUAUAAUUCUAUUUUCUAUUUCCUGAGAAAUAAAUAAUGUCAAUGUAUC